UGCUACUAGACAGCCAAUCCCUCACAUCCAUACGGUUUCUAUGCAAACAUAUACGACUUUCCAGAAGCCUUCAGAUUUGUAUUUUAUUUUUUUCUUAUCUAGGUUGUCUCAAUGCAAAUAUUCACAACUGGAAGAAGCUUUAGGAGUGAGAGAGAAAUAAACAAUGCCGAGAGGAAAAAAAUGGAGUUGGUUUUCCUUCAAUGUGAUGUGGAUAAGAAAGGUUAUUUAUCCAGAGAAGAUCUUAAGAUAGCAGUGGUCAUGCUUUUUGGAUACAAGCCAUCAAAGUCAGAGACAAACAUCUUGAUGGAGAAUGGCACUGACUGUCCAGGGGUCCCGCUGGAGCAGUUUGUGUCUCUCAUGGGGAGGAAGAUGUCAGCAGAAGAUCCAUAUGAGAAGACGAGGCAGAUAUUCAGUGCAUUUGAUGUACACUGUCGUGGCUUCUUGAAACUGGAUGACUUCAAAAGCGUCUUCAAUCGGGUUGCCCCUCGUCUGCCGGAGAGGACUGUGCUGGAGGCUUUCCGGUAUGCAGAUCAGGAUUCUGAUGGUCAUAUCAGCUUCAAGGACUUUGAAAAUGUCAUCAGCUAUGGUUUGGCGAACAUCUGCAGCUCCGCAGGAGCCACAAAAUAAGAGUCUGGAAACUGCUUCUUUAAAAAAUACAUACAACUAGAUCUCCCAUAAAACAACAUGUAUUCACAACCCAGUGGCUUUUAACUGAAAGCUUUGAUAGUCAAAGGUUUUCACAUUGACUCUCCAAUAGAUAAUUUUUAGCAAUUUAGAGAACACCGUUUGGCCUUGUCUGUGGAAAGGCAGAGUAACCUCAAAUGCUUGACACUUGGGUUUGAUGAUGAGUUUUGAUGUUGUAUCGAUCCAUUUGGACUGAGGCUGCACCAUGUAAUAGAGAAGCACACAUUUCUAUUGUGCAGUUGCCUUACAAACUACAUUAAAUUUAACCCAGCCUCUCAGGGUCUACUUCACUAGAUGCGGGAACAAUAUUCCCGUCCCUGCCUUCUGAUAUUCUGUACUCUGUGCCUCUUAAAAUGAAUUCUGUGAGUGCUGUCACCCCAUUUUAUGGCAAGUAAGGGGUCGGAUCUUUACAAUUCUCCUUCCUCGUUCAAUUUCCAUCUGCAAAAUAGGCAGGAUGCCUUAAAAUUGAAUAUUAACUAUCACAUUCAGAUUCUGUUUUUGCAGAACUCCCUGCUAGCGACAUAUAUUAAAAAGCCCAAGCGUACUCGUUCAGGGAGGAUUUUAUGCGACUCGUCUUGUUACAUGCGAUUAUGGAACUGUAAAUACUUGUUUGUGUUUCGAGAGAUUUGCUGCACUCCCAUCUGAAUAAAGAUUAAUUUGUUUUUGUAAUCAGUCCUGAGUCUUCAUCUGUAUGACAUGACGCUCACUCUAUCCUCAAUCCAUCAGGGGGCUCAGGAGGCAUCAAGUAAGGAAAUGGCCUUGGAGAAAAAUAAUCAAAUACAGUUUUAAUCAAAUACGUGCUUAAUCCACUCAUAGGUUCAUUUUCGGGAAUGGCCCGCUGUUCAAAUAUAAACAGAGAGGCGCUAGUUUAAUCUUCACCUUCCUCUUUGAAACUCGAUUAAACGAAUCCCCCAGUUUAGUUGCUGUAUUGUGCUGUGGGAGAGAGCGUGCGACACCAUGAGCCAAACCCGUGCGAGGAAAGAAGGUAGAGCUGUCUUGCGACGUGGCUUCAGUCUAAGCCUUGCCAACAGUGCAAAGAGCCGUAGAUUAACACAUUGUGUGACUGUUGUUUAUGCCAGC